CAGCGUCGCGCUGACAUCAGGCCACUAGAAGCUAGACAACGACGGGCAUGGACAUCAACACAAUACAGCGCUGGUUCAGGCUCACCGUCGGUCCGAUCUUACUCAUCUUCUUCACUCCUAUUGUCGCGUUCGCCGUGUGUACAGCCAAUCUACAGACUGGUGGCUCAUUGUCCGAUCUCUACCAACAAGUCGGCGGCUCGAGCUCAAGCAAUGUUUCUGCUUUCAUCACCUUUCUCAAGCUCAUACGUCUCAAUCAGGGAAUGGGAUCAGCGACAGGGUGGAUGAUCUUGACCCUGUUCGUAGCCGUACAGCUAGUUGUUUUACGCUGCGUUCCUGGUGAUGAAAAGGAAGGCGUGGCCGCCAGUGGUCGUGUUCCUGUUUACAGAAUGAACGGUCUUGCUGCUUUCCUGCUGACGACUUUAGGUUACAUCUUUCUUUCCUUCGGUCUAGACGCGUUUCCUGCGACAGUUCUGUAUGACAAUUUACAGGAACUGAUGUGGGUCACAAUGAUUGUUAGUUUUCUGUUGUGUGUCUGGCUGGCUGUGAGAGGAAGAAGCAAGACGGGAACCGAAACAAGCACUAAAUCACGUAAUAGCCUCCUCAUCGACUUCUUCUGGGGUCGCGAGGUGCAUCCCAAUGUAAUGGGAUUCGAACUCAAGCAGGUCACUAAUUGCAGGUUUGGCAUGAUGAUGUGGCCAUUGAUUGUGAUAUCAUGCGUGGCCAAACAAUGGGAACAUUAUGGUUACGUUUCCAACUCAAUGGCUACAGCUGCAUUCCUCCAGCUUGUCUACAUUGCAAAGUUCUUCCAUUGGGAGUCGGGAUAUAUGAGGACACUGGAUAUGAUGCACGAUCGUGCUGGUUACUAUAUCUGCUGGGGAUGCAUGAUUUGGGUGCCCUGUAUCUAUUCGAGUCAAGUCGUCUACCUUGUGUUACAUCCCGUAUCUCUACAUCCUCUCAUCACGGCUGCAUUGCUUAUCUUUGGUCUGCUGUGUAUUGGAUUGAAUUACCAUGCCGAUUGGCAGAAACAAGAAGUGAGAAAAAGCGAUGGCCGAUGUCUGAUUUGGGGAAAACCGCCAAAGAUGAUUCGAGCCAAGUACACGGAUGAAAACAAUGUCGAGACUUCACAGAUCCUUCUCAUGUCUGGCUGGUGGGGCAUCAGCCGGCAUUUCCAUUAUAUUCCUGAGCUUGGGGCAGCUCUGUGUUGGACAUUGCCAUGUCAGUUCCAAAACUGGCUGCCAUACUUCUAUCUUGUCUAUCUCACUUUGCUCCUUGUUGACAGGACGAAUCGUGACGAUCGUCGUUGUUUUAACAAGUACAAGUCGUACUGGACGCAGUACAUCAAAACAGUGCCAUACAAAAUGGUUCCUUACAUCUAUUGAUUGACCAAGUGAUAUCAGCGACUACAUUAUAUUAUUGAAGUUUGCAUUGUGUUGACUGUAGUUUCACACUUUGCUGAUCACUCUGUUUAGACUAUUGACUUACUGAUGCUUAUCUGUUUAUUACUAUUUAACAGCUAUUAUGUGUGCUUUUGUAGACUUAAACAUGUUUGUAGGCAUGUUUGUACAACAUUGGUACUUAAUAUAUGUACCUGCUGGCCUUAUUAUUCCAGCAUGGACUUGCA